CUCCCUGCAGGCUUCAUGGAGCGUGACAAUCUAAACCGGGACGUGGAAGGAGGGAAGCGCGGGAAUACACGGAGUGGGGUGAGGCUGGGAGGCGAUGCGGUGCCCCUCGUGACCUCCUCCCCCUCUGAUGAGCGGCCCCGUGCUGGUGGCGGUGGCGUUCACGGUGACUCUGUCCUCACAUUCCCGCGCCCUGAGGAGAGGCUGAUUGAUGUCACGCUGCCCUGGGAGGGUGGCGAGGGACGCAGGAUCUUGGGUGUCAUCCCUAAUGAAGCUCCCUGCACAGCUCCACGGCGGCAGGUGGCGGCCCCCUUCCUCCUCGCGCUGGACGCCUCGUGUUGUGUCCUCACGAACAUGGCGACUCGAGUGCUUCCUCCGCUGCUGCUGAUGGGGAGUGUGCUGGUGUUGCUUCUCCUGGGCUCCGUGCUGGGGGACAUGGGCCAGGGAAAGAAGAAAGGGAAGGGGUUCACAAGACCAACUGAGGUUGAGGAGGAGCACCUGAAUCUGCGUCCCAUUAUUGGAAUACUGUCGCAGGAGCUGAGCAGAAGCAUGGACAACGCCCUGCAGCCGCACAACUACUCCUCUUACAUCGCCGCCUCCUACGUCAAAUUUUACGAGAGUGCUGGAGCCAGAGUAGUGCCUGUGAUGAUCAACCAAGAAGAUGACUACUACCGCAACAUUGCCUCCUCUGUCAAUGGCAUGGUAUUCCCUGGAGGAUCAGCGUCCAUCACCAACUCCAGUGGGUACGGGCGGGCCGGGGAGCUGCUGUAUCAUCUUCUGCAGGAACAAGACCCGCCAGUGCCGCUGCUCACUACCUGCCUCGGCUUUGAGAUGAUGAUGUACCUGGGAGCCAACAACACCUACCCCCUGACCAAAUGCAAAGCCUCCAGCAGGGCCGACCCCCUCUACCUCUUACCAGGCUGGGAAUCGUCCAGGUUGCUGGGAGGGGCUCCAUCUGAUGUACUGGAGACCUUCAUCAUGACAAACUCCACCAGUAACUUCCACAAGUAUUGUGUCCUGCCAGAGACCUUUGAGGAACUCGGCCUUGACCAGGAGUAUUCACUGCUGUCAACCUCCAUAGAUGACGAAGGGAUUGAGUAUGUAUCCACAGUAGAACACAAGACUCUACCAUACUAUGGUGUUCAGUGGCACCCUGAGAAGAACCCCUUUGAAUGGCGCUUCUCCUCCAUCCCUCAUUCCCGCCAAGCCAUCCGAGCCGCCCAGUACAUUGCCAACUUCUUUGUCGAGGAAGCUCGCCACAACAACCAGACCUUUGCCACACCCGAGGAAGAGAAAGAAGCUCUCAUCUAUAACUACUGCCCCAUCUACACUGCUGACCUCUACUCUUCCUCCUCCUUCCAGCAGUGUUACUUCUUCACCUGAUCUGCUCAGCGUAGAUCACUACAGCACUCUCUUCUUUUGAGCUCAGUAACUUAGUUCAGGGGUAUUAUUUGGUAAGUGGUUUGCAGUUUUUUUUUUUUUUUAUCUCAUACUGUUAAUCCAUCAAACUGUGAGAAAUUUUAUGUAGCUAUUUAGCUUUCUCUUAUGUCUUGAGUGAAAUUACAAAUGUAUAUCAUUCAGUCAGAUUAUUUCAGGAUUCAUACAGAUAGAAUAUUUGCAAGAGUAGUUCAGUCCUUGCUCCUUAUGUUUAACUUGUACUUUUCAUAAAGUAAAGUUGGCAUUUAUUAAGGUCAGUGUUAUGAGGAAAUGGUGCACUAAAUAUUUCACCAUCAUAGAUUUCUUACCAUACAAGUUUAGUAGUUCUAGGGUUUAAGUACUAUGAUGUUGUGUGCAAACUCUUUUAUACAUAGGCAUCUGAGACUAGAGUAUUUGAAAAGGUUGUGAUGUUUUAAACAGUAAAUGUAAAACAGUAAAGCAGUAAAAAA